CAUCCUGGCUGGUUACAGCACUUUACCGCAGCUACUCUCAACAGGUUCAGGACAUCACUGCUCUCGGUGAGGAAUUAAGGAAUAACCUCGUCAGUGUCUAUUGUUGCUAAAACUACAACUAGUAAGCGCAUAGAUACAAGAAGCGCGUGAAAACGGAGCUGCCGUUUUUUCUAUGAACGAUGUCUGUGUGCCAGCUCUGAAUAAGAGGUUUCUCCAGACAUUAGUGCUUCCCACCAGAAGGCAGUCAUGAAUGGUUCAGUCAACAUAUGGAGCAUCAGUCCAGAGGAGAGGCUGAAACAUGAUACACAAUUUGACUCUCUGACACCUGUCCUGGGCCAUCUUUCAGGUGAACAGGCCAAGAAAUUCUUUCUCCAGUCGGGCCUACCUCCUCAGGUCCUGGCUGAAAUCUGGUCUCUGGCUGAUAUGAAUGAUGACGGAAAGAUGGAUAGACUAGAGUUUUCUAUCGCCAUGAAGCUGAUCAAAAUCACACUGCAGGGGAGGGGCCUUCCACCCUCUCUACCAACAAGCAUGAAGCAGCCUCCCACUGUCACACCCCCAUCCAUGAUGACAUCAUCAACACGCUUCGGAAUGGGCUCGAUGCCAAAUCUUUCCGUUGGCAUGUCGACCAUGCUUACCCCAGUGCCCCUAAAUCCCUCUCUACCGCCCUUGGUUCCCAUGCCAAUGACCCUGCCCCUGAUGUCUGGCCUUGCAAAUGGCAACGCCAACCUCCUCACCCCCUCCCCCAUGGUCACUAACUCAGCAGUCCCUCUGUCCGGCUUCUCCUCUCCAAUGGCAUUUUCUCCAUCCACUGGAAUGUCCAAAGCUAACUCCCUUUUGGACCUGGCCUCUAGUUCUAACUCCUCCUCCACCACCUCCCUGGCCAGUAACAGUAACUCUCCCAAGACGGGCUCCUGUGAUUGGUCCGUUCCCCAGGCAUCUAGGCUGAAGUACAGGCAGCAGUUUAACGGUCUGGACAAGCUGAUGACCGGAUAUCUGUCGGGGCCUCAGGUGAAGAACGUUCUGACUGCCUCCAACCUGACCCAGACACAGCUAGCUACCAUCUGGACCCUGGCUGAUGUGGAUAAGGAUGGCCAGUUGAGGGCAGAGGAGUUCAUUCUGGCCAUGCACCUGGUAGACAUGGCUAAGACAGGCUGUCCGCUACCACUCACCCUGCCCUCUGACCUGGUCCCGCCCUCUUUCAGAGAGAGCAGGCCAGGGGAGAUGUUGAAUGGAACAGGGCCAAGCCCCUCUGACAGACCCGAGGUGGACCCGUCUAACAAGAACGUGUCUUAUGAAGACAGACUGAAGGCAAACUUUGCGCGAGGCAGUGCAGAGCUGGAGAAGCGCCGCAUGGCCCUGGAGGAGGAACAGAGGAGGGAGAAGGAGAGGAGAGAGAGGGAGGCAAGGCAGCUGAAGGAGAGGAGGGAGAAGGAGGCUCAGGAGCAGGAGAACAGAAAACGAGCAGAGGAGGAGAGACGGAGAGAGAUGGAGAGACGAGUGGAGGAGGAUAGACAGAGAGAGAAGGAGAGAAAGGAGGUUGCGCAGCAGGAGCUGGAGCGCCAGCAGAAGGAGGAGUGGGAGCGAGGGAGGAAGGAUGACUUGUGUAGGAGGAGAGCAGGAGAACAGCAGGAGAUCGCUGUGCUCCGAGCCAAGAAGAAACAAUUGCAGAUGGAGCUAGAGGCAGUGGGCAGCAGACACAAGCAACUGUCAGACUGUCUCCGUGAUGCCCAGACUAAGAGGCGUAUCCAGAGGGCGGAGCUUGACCUUGUUAAUCAGAGGAGAGAUGGGCGGGCCUCUGAGAUCAACAGUCUACAGAUACAGUUUGAGGACUUCCAGAACAAACUGAGUCAGCUGGUCCCACAGCAGCAGAGACUGACUGAACGACUGCAUACUAUGAAGUACAACCACAUCCCUGCGGUGGCGUUGACCUCGUUGAGUGGCGUUGUGGUGGAGAAGGGUGUGGCCUGUCGAAGGCUGAAGGACCAAUUGGACGCUCUAGAAAGGGAGACUACCGACAAGCUUGCCAUGAUGGACCAUUAUCAGCAAGACAUCAAGUAUGUCGAUAUGGAUGACUGUGUUUUGCAGGCUCUUCUCUCUCUGCUGGGCUGUCUCAGUCAGCUCUUCCUCCUCAUUAAGGACCUGAGGGAGCAGCAGGGGAAGCAGCAGGCCGUUCUUGAGGACCUCUGCAGAGUCAAAGAGCUGAAACUGAGAGAGCUGGAAAGACGCAGGGAAGAGGAAAGAGAGAGGAAGAGGAGGGAGGAGGAGGAGGAGGCAGCCAGACAAGCCAAGCUUGAGGAGGAGAGGAAAGAAGAGGAAAAAAGAGAGGAGGAGAGGAGGCAGCAACUUCAAAGACAGGAGCAGGAGGAAGAGACUAAUUUGAGGAGGCUGCAGGAGGAGCAGCGUGCAAAACAGAGAGAGGAGGAGGAGAGGGAGGCACAGGACCACUUCAGGGCAGCCCAAGAACAGGCCCAGGAGGAGGAGAGUAGGAGAUGCAGAGAGGAGGAAGAGGAUAAGAAGAGGACAGCAGAUCAGAUGGAGAGAGGAGGAGCGCUGCAUCCCAGUCUGAAUGUGGAGCGGUCGUUAACCCUGAUCUCCUACAGAGCCUUGUACCCCUUCACCGCACGCAGUGCCAAUGAGCUGAGCCUGGACGCUGACUGUCUCAUAGAGGUGGAUGACGAGACGGUGGGGGAGCCUGGUUGGCUGUGUGGUAGUUACCGUGGGAACAGGGGCUGGUUCCCCCAGAGCUAUGCUGAGAGAUGCCCUGUCCCCGCCCUACCUGAAGCCCCUGCUGCCCCUGGCCAUACCCUCCUGCCCCCCUUCGGCCUCACAGCACCACCCAGCCUGGGACUUCCUGAUGGAGAGAUGGUGAGGGCAGGACGGAGCCCAGAUCCCAUUACAGACUCCACCCAGGAGAACAUUGUGCCCUCCGAGCCUAUAUACUGCACUGUGGCUGAGUUGGAGAGUCCAGAUCCCCUCCAGAUUGAAGAGUACGUGGCCCUGUACACCUAUGAGAGCCCGGAAGUGGGUGACUUGACGUUCUCUGAGGGUGACGUAGUCAUGGUUACUGAGCGGGAGGGGGAGUGGUGGAGGGGGUGCAUCGGAGACCAAACAGGAGUGUUCCCCUCCAACUAUGUCAAACAGAUCAUAAGGCAUGGAGCUGCCUCCAAGAAACCUGAGAUUGCCCAGUCAGUCUCUGCUGUGGUCGCCCUGACGACGGAGCAGCUCAGUCUGUCACCAGGGCAACUGAUUGUGGUCCUAGCCAAAAACACCACUGGCUGGUGGCUUGGGGAACUACAGGCUCGAGGGAAAAAGCGCCAAAGAGGCUGGUUCCAUUCGUCUCACGUUAAGCUCCUUGGUCCAACCAGCAGCAAGAUGAGCCCUGCAACUGUACCAGUCUGCAAGGUAAUCGCCAAGUACGACUACACAGCAGCCAAUCAGGAUGAGAUGAGCUUCUUCAAGGGUCAGCUGAUCAACAUUCUUGACAAAGACAAUCCUGAUUGGUGGAAGGGAGAGGUCAACGGGGUCACAGGGCUGCUGCCAACCAAUUACGUCACAGUGACCACUGACUCAGAUCCUAGCCAACAAUGGUGUGCUGACCUGGUGACUCUAGACUCCAUGACCCCUUCGGAGAGGAAGAGGCAGGGUUAUAUCCAUGAGUUGAUCCACACCGAACAGACAUACCUGGAUGACCUGGAGUUGGUGAUGGAGGUGUUCUAUAAGCCCAUGUCAGUGUCUGGCCAUCUGACGGAGGAUGACAUGGCGGUGAUCUUUGUAAACUGGAGUGAACUCAUCACGUGUAACAGCAGACUGCUCCGGUCCCUGCAUGCCCUGAAGGCGGAGGGCGGAGCCAACAUGCCGGUGCAGCUGAUUGGAGAGCGGCUGUGGUCGGAGCUGUCAGACAUGCAGGUCUACGUGACGUUCUGCUCCUGUCAACUCAACGCCGCCGCCCUGCUUCAGCACAAGACUAAUGCACACCCACACUUCAGACAGUACCUCAGGACGUUGGCCACGAACUACCGCUGUAAAGGUAUGCCCUUGUCGAGUUUCUUCCUGAAGCCCAUGCAGAGGAUCACCCGGUACCCGCUGCUCAUCAAGAACAUUCUGGAGCACACCCUGGCAUGUCACCCGGACGUUGAGCCCCUGAGAGCCGCUCUGGAGCGGGCGGAGGAGGUGUGCUGUCAGGUGAACGAGGGCGUGAGGGAGAAGGAGAACUCAGAGCAGCUGGACUGGAUACAGACACACGUACAGUGUGAGGGGGCCAUAGAGCAUCUAGUUUUCAACAGUCAGACUAACUGUCUGGGCCCUAGGAAGCUGCUCCACAGCGGCCGACUGCACAAGACCAAGAGCACCCGGGAACUCUGGGUAUUCCUGUUCAACGACUUCCUACUCUUUACCCAACCCGCCAACCCAUUCAGCUCCUCCCCCCUCUCCACGUACUUCACUGGGGCGGACAAGCUGUUCAGCACGAAGAGCAACACACAGCUCAAGAUGUACAAGACGCCAUUGUUUCUAAAUGAGGUCUUGGUGAAGAUGCCAUCCCAUCUGUCCAGUGACGAACCGCUGUUCCAUAUCUCACACAUCGACCGCAUGUACACACUGAAGACAGACACUAUGAAUGAGAGGACAACAUGGGUGCAGAGGAUUAAAGCAGCGUCGGAACAUUUCAUUGAGACGCAGAAGAGGAACAGAGAAAGGGCCUAUCAGGCUCGUUCUCUGCUAUUUAGUGGUGUGGGUCGUCUGACGGUGGUGUUGAUGGAGGCACAAGAGCUGAAGGCCUGCCGGCCUGACGGAAGGAGUAACCCGUACUGCCAGCUGACAGUGGGAGCGCAGUGCUACACGUCACGCCCCGUCAGUGACACCCCAGACCCCAAAUGGAACUUCACCUGUCAUUUCUUCAUACAGGAUCUGUACCAGGAUGUCCUGUCCAUCAGCGUGUCGGACAAAAACCUGUUCUCACCCGAUGAGUUCCUGGGUCGAACGGCGGUUCCAGUGGCGACCAUAAAGAAGGACAUGGAGAACAUGGGUGCUGCCACCCGUCGUCUGCUGCUGCACGAGGCUCCAACCGGGGAGGUUUGGGUUAAACUGGACCUGCAGCUCUAUGACCAGCCAGAGUGAAGAUGACACACACACUGGAACUGGAGAACCAGAUGACACACACACUGGAACAGGAGAACCAGAUGACACAUACAGUCUGGAACUGGAGAACCAGAUGACACAUACACUGGAACAGGAGAACCAGAUGACACAUACAGUCUGGAACUGGAGAACCAGAUGACACAUACAGUCUGGAACUGGGGAACCAGAUGACACACACACUGGAACAGGAGAACCAGAUGACACAUACAGUCUGGAACUGGAGAACCAGAUGACACAUACAGUCUGGAACUGGGGAACCAGAUGACACAUAGUCUGAAACUGGGGAACCAGAUGACACACACUGGAGCUGCCAAACCAGAUGACACACACUGGAGCUGCCAAACCAGAUGACACACACUGGAACUGUAGAACCAGAUAAAACACACACAGUCUGGAACUGUAGAACCUUUUACAAAACACAUUGCCAAAUGUGUGAGUGACUGUGCCACUCUAAUCUAUGCCAAUAAACGUCAUACUCAGAAGUCAAA